AUCACGCGGUGAUUCACCUCGAAAUACUAUUUCGUAUAUAUUAAAUAAUAUAGUUGAUAACUCAAAUUUACUUACACCAAGAACAUACUCUGUCGACUCUGAGUUAACUUGCUUAACAUCAAGUGAAAUGUUACCUGAUUCAUACUUUUCAAAACAUUCACAUUCCCAAUCACAAGAGGAUAUAGAUUUGAGUCAAUCUGUUGAGACUAUGAAUAGUAGUCUAUCUAAGCAUCAACUUUUUGCUUUCCCUAAAGAAAUCUUUGGAGACUGUGAAAAAAUUGUAUACUGGUUUAGAAAUACGCUCACAACACUGAGUAAUUAUGCUGCUCCACUCAAUACACAUAUAUUUCCUGAGAAAUGUGUUUAUUUUGAACAAAUUCUAUUCGGAGAUACAAAUAUAACUUCCAGUCAAUCAUUAGGUGAAGACAGAAGUGUAAAACAAGAUAUGCUUAAAGAAUCUUUAAUACCAUCAUUGGCUGAUAUUCAAAUGUUCACACCAACUGCAGUGAAUCAAUUAAAACAAAAUAUCACUGAUAUACAAGAAAUUUGUUCAUUCAAUAAAACGCUGACUAUGAAAGAGACAACAAGUGAUUCAAGCUCUCAUAAAACUAAUGAAAUGUCAAAAAAUUCUUUAAAGUUAUUAAAAUCUAAAAUUUUCGAUAGUUUUGAUAUCAAGAAGGCAAUGUCAGUGAAGCGUACAUCAUUUACUGAUAUCAAUGGAUUCAAUUAUAUGGAUUAUCCUAUUUUUAAGGAACAUUUUGAUAAACUUACAAUUUUAUCAAAAAUUAGAAAUGGAAAUAGUCUAAAUACGUUCUGUAAUAUUGGUGAAAAUUUAAUCGAUUGGAAUAGUCAAACUUCUCCAAUAUCAACAAUAACACUAACAACUAAACAACAGGUUGAAGGUGCUACUAAGCCGAAAGAAAAUGAACAUUCUUCAUCAACAGAAGCACCAGGGAAAGAAAGAAUUAUCAAUAAACAAUUAAUAGAUUUAUGUGACUCAAUAAAUGUGAGUGAUUUACGUUAUGUUGAUGCAAUUGCCAGUUCAUGUCAAUCAUCCAAGUAUCAGUUGUCAUUCAAUGAUCAGAAAGUCAUGUCAUCAGGAGUUAAGAGAAAAGUGAAAGACACUCCAUCAUCUUUAGAUUCAGUAAAUAAGCCUAAAUUUAACAAAACAUCUCGUAGUUCAUCUCUUGUAAAAGCUGAGCAAAAGAUUCGUAAACCUGUUAGACAGCUGAAUAGAAUAACGAAUCCCCCACCAAAUCAGUCCUAUACUCAACCAAGGAGAAAUAAGCUUGGCUAUGAAAAUUCAACAACUGCAGCUAGUGUUCUACAUAAUAAAGUAAGACAUUUGUCGUCUAACAGAUCGACGUAUUCAUCUCGUCCAAAGGGAUUACCACCUUCUAAUAUGACCAAUGGGAUGAGAAAGCCUUCAGUAAAGAAAAAUGUAUUCGAUGAAAAACACGAUUCUAAAAAUCAAUAUGGUCCCAUCUACUUUUCUUAUUUUAUGAAUGAUCUUCGCCUUAAUGGUAGUGAAGAUCAUAAUAAGAAAGAAGAUAGCUCAUCGAAUGUGUUAGAAGAUUCCAAGAAAACAGUGAAGAAAGUCUCUGAAAUUGUAUCACUGAAUGAACAAAAUAAAGUAUUUCAUGAAACUAUCAAACCUGCCAACUUAGAUCCAGUUACUAACAAUUCUAAAUCAAUGAAUUUAAUAUCAGCUAGUGAUCUUGUCUCUAUAUCAACCAAGGAAACAUUAGAUAAACAAGACAAAGCGACAGAUAUAGGGAAAUAUGUACCAUCUCUCAAGGAGUUAUCCGAUAUGAACCGACCAUUUCGGAGAACAAACACUUCACCUAAUUUGAGAUGCAAGAUUAAAUAUCCACACGGAAAAAUAAUUGAAACACGUAAUGAAUGUAGUAAAGAGGUAUUAGAAGAUGAUUUAAAAGAGCAGACAGAGAACUGGAUUUCAAGUAUUAAAAAUGAGACGACUUAUGAUAAAAGGACAAAUGUUGGUCCUAGGCCUUUCUCCCCCCUUGUUUCACCGACUGUUACUAGGUCUGAUCAUUACAGUCAAAGGAAGUCUGAAGAUAAACAGGAGAUUAGAGAGGAAUCGUAUCAUUAAAGAAAACAGAAUUCUGGUGUUGUGGUAUUUGGCGUCGAAGUAAAAGCCAAAUACCGUGAAAGUAAGGAUUAUUUUGUGCAUCGUAAUAUUGAACAAUGCAAAUUCCACAAGCUGAUUGGCUUAUUAAUCCUACUCAUGACAAUCCAAAUUUGUUUCUCUAGGUGAAAAGAAGCGGGAAAAGUAGACGAGAAGAGAAAACACUGUCAAAAUAUUAGAAACAAAAAGCCCUAUGAGCUAAUUUAG